AUGGAGUUAAUUUGUCAAGCUGAUAAGUGUGAUCACUCGAAUUCACAAGAUUUACUAAAAGAAUUUAUGUACAGCAAAAGUGGUGCCAAUGUUUGCCCACGAACAGGUUAUUCGCCUUCAAAACUGUCUUCUUUUCAAAUGCACCAUUAUCCACUUAAGAAACUAAAAUCAGAUAUUUUUGUUAACAACGAUUUGGGAGCCAGAAAUACAGGAUCUGCGGAUUGUGAAUGGGCAGUGAUAUUGGAUUUUGUGAACAUUGAAACGGCUGUAUAUUUCUUCGCCAAAAUUUGUCAAAGAUUGCUGAAACCGCACACACUCACUGUUAUCCACAGUUUACAAAAAAUAAAUAUAUCUUUCAGUAUACCAUCAACUGCAUUAUAUCAAUGGCAUAAGACUAUAUAUUCUCUCCCUCCUUUUGAACGUCGUCUCCCAGUGAUUCUCCUGGUCACUCAAUCCCGUCGGCCAUCAAAAUUCAUUCUGUACUGCAUUAGCAGGGAAUUAGGCUAUAUUUAUGAAGCUGCUGAUAUACUUUUACAGCUGGGCUACCGCGCAUUAAUUUGGCAGGUGAUAGCAAUAUCAAGAUUUGUCGCAGUUUUAAUUUAUCUUUUAAUGCCUAUCCAAAUGCUCAAUUUCUUUAUGAAAGUGCAGGAACAUUCACAUUUAUUAUGGCAUUUCGCCUAUGUGGUGACCAGUCCUUUGAUAUCAAUGUUUGCAUGGCGAGUUGAUGCUACCAGUCCUCAUAAAUGGCGCACACUAAUUCUGUCUAACAACAAUACCAAGGAGGCUAAAUUCUCAGGUAACUUUGAUUCUUCCAGUGCAGACUUAGUUUGCUGUCAAUGGAAAGCUCUGUGCAUUCGUAAUUGGUGGUUAACCACGGCUAGUCGCAUGGGUUUCCUUUUCGUUUUUUCAUUUGAUAACAUAAAUAAUUUACUAAAUAAUCCAUCAUAA